GCACGUAGGCUCCGCCAUGACCGUGGAUUGAUGAUCGGACGGCGGUGGUUGCGUCUCUGUGACUGCGUUUUCUGUCUUCGUCAAAAACAUUGUUGAAAUGAAGAAGGAAUAAUAACAGAACAGCCAUUCCGAAGGAUCAUAGGCCCACGCGAAUUUCCCCCCUUGCGAAUUGUUCUGAUUACUUCCUAAUUUUUCGAUUUCAAACCGGAAAAUUGCUGAAUAAUUGCCAAAUUAAUUUCCCAUUCCUUCUUUCGGUUCCAGAUUCCGUAAUGCCACGGUAAAAUCUGAUUUCUUCCUCUUCUAUCCUCUAUUCAAUUCACUACUUUGCUGCAUUUCUCUCUUUCUCUCCUAAUUUUUAAUUUCUCGGCUAUGGAACAAUUCGUUGGGUCUUGAUCGUAUUCGUAUCCUCCUGGAGGAUCUUAUUCCAGAGCUGAAAAUCCCUGAAGAUGGCUUCUGGGAGUAACACGGACAUGCUGUCAAUACCGAAUGAAGGUCACCAAGUGCCCAUUGGAAAUUUUGAAGAUAAUUUGCGGACUGAGCUUGAACUACUUCUGAGAGAGAAUUCCAAUCAUUCAGCAACAGGGAGAGAUGGAGAUCUGAAUAUUUACCGGAGUGGCAGUGCUCCUCCAACAGUUGAGGGAUCGUUAAGUGCUGUGGGCAGUCUAUUUACCAGCUCUUAUUUUAACGAGUUCAAUGCCAAGGGUAGUAAUAAUGAUAGGGUUUUAUCAGAAGAUGAGAUUCGCUCACACCCAGAUUAUCUUUCUUACUAUUAUUCGAAUGAUUAUAUCAAUCCAAGACUCCCUCCGCCAUUAGUAUCAAAAGAGGACUGGCGUGUUGCACAGCGGUUUCAGGGCAGCGGGUCUUCAUCGGGGCGCCAUGGGGAUUGGAACUGGAAGAAGCUAGGAGAUGGUAAUACUAGUCCAUCAUUGUUCUCUAUGCAGCCAGGACCUUCUGUACAGCGAGCAGAGAAAAUUAAUAGUAAUGUCACAGAGUUUGGGGAUGCUAAUGGAAAGAAUCUCUCCCGGAAGGCUCUAUCUGAGUGGCACGACAGGGGGAGGGAUGGUUUAGUUGGAUCAUAUAGCAAUGGGCUUGGUGCGAGAAGGAAGAGUUUUGCCAAUAUUGUUCAGGAGGGACUUGGUGAAUCUGCUUCCUUGUCUGGCCAAUUGUCACGCCCUGCAAGUCAUAAUUCUUUUGGGGAUGUUGACACUAUGGGAAUUGCUGAUAUAAAGCCACCAGGAUUGUGUAAUGGAGUGGGUCCUAUUGAGGACUUGCAUAACUCAGGCCCCCCUGGCUUUGUUGGAGUUCAGAGUCAUAACAAAGCAAUGUCCCAUUCCUUUCUGAAUCCUAAUUGUUCACCUCUCUCAAGAAGCACGACUCCUGAACCACAGCUAGUUGGAAGGUCUUCAAGUUCUGGUCUACCUCCUGUUGGCAGUAGAGUUUUUCCUGUGGAGAAAAAGAACAUAACUUUGUCCAAGGUCCAAAAUGGUCAUUCUGCUGGGUUUACUGAACUGCCUGACAUAUCUGGCUUGCACCUGUCAGCAAUUAGACCUGAAGAUGGAGUCAAUGGGGUCCAAUCUCAGCUUCAACUGGAUCUUGGUGAACAGUCUAAUUUCCUGAUCAACAUGUCCAAUGGUAUUCACACACGUGCUCGACCUGAGUUUAGUGACAAAAAGCUCUCAAAACCAAGUGAUUAUAUUGACCUAGCAAGGACAAGUGGGAUUGUAAUGAACCCUAGAGCGCCUACAAUGAGUUCCCACGAUCAUGUUAACUUUCCCAAACGAACGUCUUCUUCUACCAGUCUAUACUCCAAAGCAAAUUCAUCAGGCUUCGGAAGUAAGGAAGGGCCAACCAGACACCUUCUAAAUGCAAAUGUUCAGAGUGUAGAUUUGGCUGGAUAUACUUCUGGUGAUCUUGCAAUGAAUAUGAAUCACAGUUCUGCUGUUAAUGGCUAUGCAGCUUCUGAUCAUAUUAAGCUGUCAUCUGGAAGUUCUGAUCGUGCAAUCCAUGCUGGAUCUUGUUUGCAGCCUCAUAACUACUUUGAUAUUUCUCGAGGAGACUUGCAUGGCCUUAGAAAUGCCUAUCUUGAAGCCUUGCUUGCUCAACAAAAGCAGCACUACGAGUUGUCACUUUCAGGUAAAUCAAGUGCUUAUAAUCACAGAUUGUAUGCAAAUCCUCCAUAUGGUACUGGCAUCCCAUAUCUGGCAGACCAAGUGUUGGAUUCUGGUCUUUCUUCCGUUGGACAUGGAGGUGCAAUGCUGCAUAAUGAACGACUCUUACGCUUUAACUCGACGAUGAGAAAUUCAAUAGGGGCCCAUGGGUCUUGGCAGCCGGAUAUUGGCAAUAAUGCAGAUAGAAGUUUUCCGUCUACUUUAUUGGAUGAGUUCAAAAGCAACAAGACUAGAUCUUUUGAGCUUUCAGACAUUGUUGAUCAUGUCAUUGAAUUCAGUAUGGAUCAGUAUGGAAGUCGUUUUAUUCAGCAAAAGCUGGAAACAGCCAAUGUGGAAGAGAAAACAAAGAUAUUUCCUGAGAUAAUUCCACAUGCUCGUACCUUGAUGACUGAUGUCUUUGGAAAUUAUGUCAUUCAGAAAUUUUUCGAACAUGGUACUGAAAUUCAACGGAAGGAGUUAGCUGACCAACUUUCAGAACAUGUUUUGCCCCUCAGUCUUCAAAUGUAUGGAUGCAGAGUGAUUCAAAAGGCCUUGGAGGUAGUUGAUUUGGAUCAACAGACUCAAAUGGUUGCCGAGCUUGAUGGUUCGGUAAUGAAAUGUGUCCGUGAUCAGAACGGAAACCAUGUUAUUCAGAAAUGUAUCGAGUGCGUCCCUCAAGAUAGAAUUCAGUUUAUUAUAUCAGCAUUUUAUGGGCAAGUCCUGGCACUAUCCACCCAUCCUUAUGGCUGCCGUGUUAUUCAGAGGGUAUUAGAACACUGUGAUGAUGUGAAUACACAACAAAUUAUCAUGGAUGAAAUCAUGCAAUCCGUUUGCCUGCUGUCACAAGAUCAAUACGGAAAUUAUGUUAUUCAGCAUGUCCUUGAAUUUGGUAAACCACAUGAACGAUCUGCUAUUAUAAAUAAGCUGGCAGGGCAGAUUGUAAAGAUGAGUCAGCAGAAGUUUGCUUCUAAUGUUGUAGAGAAGUGCUUAACAUUUGGCAGUCCUGAGGAACGUCAACUACUAAUUAACGAGAUUCUUGGUUCCACUGAUGAGAACGAACCAUUGCAGGCAAUGAUGAAGGAUCCAUUUGGGAACUAUGUCGUCCAGAAGGUUCUGGAGUCGUGCGAUGACCAGAGUCUUGAGUUGAUUCUCUCCCGUAUCAGGGUUCACUUGAAUUCCCUCAAGAGGUAUACUUAUGGUAAACAUAUCGUCUCUCGUGUUGAAAAGCUCAUCACGACCGGAGGUGAGAGGCAUUACUUCUUCAUUUUCAUGCCAGUUUUGGAUUGCUUUGUUAGUGUAGUAGCAACUCAUCAUGAUAAACUGGUUCAUGAUUUGCAGAAAGGAGAAUUGGACAGUCGUCGUCUUCAUUCUCCUCGUCCUAGAGCAGUUUGCCCGUUGUCAACAAGUCAUCAGAAAGAAUUCCUUUUCUUUUUCUUCUUGUUGCAGAUAAGAGAAUGGAAAUGUAGGGGAGUCAUCUUUCAGCUGACAGGAUAUAGUUAUUUUGUAAAUAAACAAGAAAACGAUGAAAGCCCACGUUACAGAACACGACAGGGGCGGGCAAGAAGAGUCCAUGUAAAUGAGAAUAACAAAAUUGGAGAAAGAAUUUGUAUAUUUUGCGUUCCUCACUUUCUUGGAACUUCGCUGCAGGUAGAGAGAAGUUCAAUAUUUAAUGUAAAGCCUAAACCCAAAUGUAAACGACUGAAGAAGUAAAGCUAAUAUAGAUAUAUAUAUCAUAUAUCAUAUAUCAUAUAUAUGUAAUGUAAGGAAGGAAGCUAUAAGAGCUUGUAAGUGGAGUGUUGUAAACCAAACCAUCUAUUUUGAAUUUUCCACUGCAUAAAUUAUGAUGUAAAUACUGACUACUGAAUAAUUUUCAUAAAUUAGUGAUUGCAUUUGAUACUGA